AUGUCUGCCGAGGCUUCUGCAGGGAGUGUGGCAGCUGCCUCCGUCCCCACCACCCAGUCCUCUGGCCGGGGCAGCGAGGAGAAGGGGGUUGGAGGGGGUCUGGCGGGGAGUAAAUAUGUGAAGCUGAAUGUUGGGGGCUCCCUGCAUUACACCACGGUACAGACCCUGAGUAAAGAGGACGGUCUACUAAGGAGCAUGUGCAAUGGAGGAGCAGAGGUCACCAUAGAUUCGGAGGGUAGGUAUGGACCUAUGUGUAUUAUUUAUGUAUGCCAGUGUUUCCCAAUAUGUUAUUCUAGGAUCACGCAGGCUUGCACAUCUUUGUUCCAGUCCAGCACUACCACACUUGAUACAACUAUUCAACUAAUGGUCACCAAUGUUGGGAAUCAGGUGUGCCAAUGCUGGAAGAAAACGUGUAGUCCUAAUGGAGCCAAAGGAACGGAUUGGAAACACUGGGCCGUGUUCAGCAAGGCAUAACGGUGUGCAACAUGCAAUUUCAUGGAAACAGUGCUGCACUGAAUGAUCAGUUGAAGAAUAUUGUGAUUUAUGAUGGCUCAGAGGGCAAUUUUGUGCAGUGUGCUGGUUUUGAUUUUUCAAAUGGUCACACCCAUAUUGGUUAGUUCACACCCACCACAUGGGAGCAAACAUACCUCGAAGACUGAAUAACGGUGCACACCAUUUUGGGAAAACAUGUCGCUCAGUACAAACCGUUUACUCCCGUUUUGCAGCGUGUGACGGGAUGUGACUUAUUUACCUUUUUGUUUUCUCCAUAUUCUCAGGAAUGACUAAAGCAAUCGCCACAUGGAAAAAUUUGAAAUUUAGAUGAGAUUGAUUCUUGCCUAUGUCUAAUCUGUUCUCACUCCUUCUCAAUCUUUUUCCUCUCCUUUAGGCUGGGUAGUGUUGGACAGGUGUGGUCGCCAUUUUGGCUUGGUGCUGAACUUUAUGCGGGACGGCUCGGUACCGCUUCCGGAGUCCCACCGAGAGCUGGAGGAAGUUCUGAAGGAAGCUCAGUACUACAGGGUGCAGGGACUAGUCCAGCACUGCACCUCUGCCAUGCAGGUAAGACCCAGACUGACCCAACAAAAAUUAUAAUUGUGUGUAAAGCACUGAGCUGAGUGUCAGUAUUAUUAAAUGUCCUUCGCUCUUUGUGUUUGUCUUUGAGCUAAGUCUUAUCAAAUGCUUUCAAAGUGCAAUAUACUGUAUGUGAGUCAAAUAACUGUUAUGCACUAAUCUAAUCUCUCUAAUGCUUACAUUGGAUCCCAAUGUUUGUGUGUUGAAUACCCAGGCCAAAGUGUCAGAAGCCUCCCAUAGUGUGAGUCAGAAGCCUCCCAUAGUGUGAGUCAGAAGCCUCCCAUAGUGUGAGUCAGAAGCCUCCCAUAGUGUGAGUCAGAAGCCUCCCAUAGUGUGAGUCAGAAGCCUCCCAUAGUGUGAGUCAGAAGCCUCCCCCAUAGUGUGAGUCAGAUGUUCAUGUGAAUCAAAUGCCUUCGAUGUCCCACAGAAACAAAGGGACGUCUAUGAGGGUGUAUGCCGCAUUCCCAUGAUUACCUCAGCCAAAGAAGAACAGAGAAUGAUAACCACCUGCAGGAAGGUGAGAGAGGGAUAG